UUUCUCUCUCGCUUUCCUCCUCCUCGCUUGCCUUAACCUUCUGCUUCAGGGGCUUUCAGGGAGUGUUGAGGUUGCAGCUUAUUUCUCUGGAUUUUGCUUUUUGUUUUAUUCUUCAACUUCUCAAUAAAAAUGGCAGUUGAGCUUGUGAGCUUUACAGAAAUGGAAGAUCAGGCUAUACAAGAGACUGCAUCACAAGGCUUGAAGAGUAUGGAGCACCUGAUCCGCCUCAUGUCUCACCAAUCUAGCCACCACGUGGAUUGCACAGACCUCACUGACCUCACCGUCUUCAAGUUCAAAAAACUCAUCUCUCUUCUCAAUCGGACCGGUCAUGCACGGUUCAGACGCGGACCGGUUCAACCUUCCUCUUCUUCCUCACUUCCCUUGUCAUCGCCACCAACUGGUUUUGGUUCUGCCUCUCGCUCCCAAACUUUAAACCAAACUCCGAAUCACGUCGCAGCUCCGGCUACUGUACAUCAGCCUGCUGUUAUCCAUACGGUGAUAGCUCCUCAGGUUCCGAUCGCGACUCCGGCGAGCUUUGUUCAGACACAGCCCCAAAGUUUGACUCUUGACUUCACAAAACCUAGCAUAUUUAGCUCUAAUGGUAAAAGCGCGGAGCUUGGGUUCACAAAAGAAAGCUUUAGCGUAUCGUCUAGCUCAUCUUUCAUGUCCUCCGCUAUAACCGGAGACGGUAGCGUUUCGAAUGGUAAGCAAGGAUCCUCGAUUUUCUUGGCGCCUGCGGUCUCCGACGGCAAGCCUCCGCUCUCAUCGGGGCCGUACAACAAGAAGAGAUGCCACGAGCAUGAUUAUUCCGAUGAAAUGUCUGGAAAGUUCUCGGGAUCCGCCAGCAGCAAGUGCCAUUGCUCCAAGAGAAGGAAAAAUCGGGUGAAAAAAACAAUUAGAGUCCCAGCGAUUAGUUCGAAAAUCGCCGACAUCCCACAGGACGAGUACUCGUGGAGAAAGUAUGGUCAAAAGCCAAUCAAGGGGUCACCAUACCCCCGGGGAUAUUACAGGUGUAGUACUGUUAGAGGGUGCCCAGCGAGGAAGCAUGUAGAAAGGGCCAACGAUGAUCCGAAGAUGCUGAUCGUGACAUAUGAGGAGGAACACCGUCACGCUCAACCCGCGUUGCAGGAGAUCUUGAGCGGUGGUACAGGGUUAGUGUUCGAGUCAACGUGAGAGAGAGAGAGGAGUAAUAGACAAAUAGUAGUAGAACCAAUGAGUUAUGGGUGAGUUAAAUUGGAGCAUUUUAGAAUGAUGAGAUUUUGAAAUUAGUCUUAAACAGAGUUACUUAUAUAAAAAUACAAAUAGUAGUCGGAGAUGGUGGGAAUUAGAAUGUAAAUUUUCGUAAUUGGAAGAGAUUGAUUGGCCGCAGCCAGCAAGAAUCGCAAUCUGCCAAAGCGGUGCUCAAAGCAAAUUGAUAUAUAUGCAUAUAAAUUCUAAUUAUUUGUAACCUUGUUAUUUGUUUGGAUUAGUUUGCCUGUCUCUUAUUA